AUGGCUUGUCGCAGUUUCACCCAUCAUCUAUUCGUCACAGCGGUGGCGAUCAUGAUUGGCUUCGCUUCACCGUCGUACUACACCCGACCGUGUGAUAUCGCUAGCUCUUUUCUCGACGGCGAUAGUGAUGGAGGAGGAGGAAAAGUUGCUGAAGUUCCUAAUAUUGUAAUGGUUUCCGGUGGAAGCGAUGGAAGGAACCGGUGGAGCGGCGGAGUUGGGUUUGUUGGUGGCUACAGAAAAGGCACGUCCUCUGGUGAAGGAGGGGGUACCUGGAAGGAAGGAAGCGGUAGGCAAAGCUGCAGAAGGGGCUCCGGAAGCGGCGGGAAAGACGGUGGUAGCGGGUGGGGAUUCGGUGGUGGAUUCGGGGCAGACCCCGAUAGUCUUCGUUUGCUGACCCGAUUGUUGGUGCUUAUAAUCUUGGUGCUCAUCCUCAUAUUGCUGGUUAUAGUGAUCUCCAGGGCAAUCAUUUGA